AUGGCUACACCAGUUAGUGCGGCGAAGGAAUUCAUAUCUGGACCACGGGUGGUUCAGGCCGCCAGUAAACUCUUGGAAACAUGUCCGCUACCGCAACUCUGCGAGGCACUAACCGUUGCAAAGGGAGAAGACGCAGAGCCACUUGUGGCAGCGCUGGAGGGCCUUAGCGAAAUUGAGGAGGUGCGGACAUUGUUCUUGGAGGAGGGCGUCACAGAUUUCCUCACCCAAGGCGCUUCUGCACCAGAUGCACGCUUGCGGCUCACGGUGGCAAAACUUUUGGUACACUUAGCGCACGGAGAGGUGUGGAGCAUCGCAUCAACGAACAAAUUGCUCGAUGCGGGCCUCUUCAAUCUAUGUGAGCCCCUGCUCUUGGAUGACGAGACUGGUGUGGCUGAGACUGCGGCCAAAGCUGUGUGUGCUGGAGUCGGUUGCGCUGCUGGAAAGCAGGCAUUGUUGUCUUCUCCGGGCAGUUUGACGGAUGUUUUGCUCCGGAGACUUCCCAGCUUACCAGACGUACAGCGGAUUCGAGUCCUGGCGUUGUUUGUGCAGCUGGGUCGUGCUGGAACUGAAUGUUUUUCUUCGUUAGAACAGAAAGGAGCCUUUGAGAAGGUUCUCGGUUCAUUCUUGACCGACGACUUGCUGCUAAAGCUUAAUGCUGUCGAGUUGAUGGACGCGCUUGGAUCCUAUGAGCUGGGACAGGACUAUUUGGCGCGUUCCAAUGUGCCUGAGAAGCUCGAAGCGGAUUUGUUGGACCCAUAUUGUGAUGGCUCAGUGCGUCUUUGCGUCACACGGCUGCUGGGCUUCAUUGCAGGUCGCAGCGCAACAGCGUCUGAGCUGUUGCUUCGAAGCCAUGAGGCUCCCUUUCCGCAAUCCAUCGCCGGUUUGCUGGACAGUCGUGACAUUACUUCAAGGCUUUGUGCCAUCCAUGCUUGGGCCACAUCAACCCUGCAGAAUAAAGGACUUGUUUUUUUCUUGAAGUGGAGGCCAAUGCUCGAGGAGAUGGUGUCGCUUCUGGGGGCCACCCAGAAUGAGAUCGCCAAGGGUGCCAUGGAUGCUUGGACCAUCGUCUUGCAGGCCCGAAUGCCCAUGGCAUCGCAGAUCUUCAGCUGA